CUCCGCCAAUGAUAAAGUCUAUUGAUCCUAUUCUCCACCGAUGAUUAAGACCAUUAAGCACCAAUUUGGACGAAUUUAUUUCGAAUGACAUUUUCAUAAUUUUUGGGCCAUUUUUCUCGACAGGCCAUUUUCCAUGGAUUUAGCAGUCUAUAGAUCACAGAUUCGACUUGAGGCUAUUCUUCAUCAAUGAUUCAGUCAAGUAAGCAAAAAUUUGGGAGGAUUUCUUCCGAGUCCAUUUUUGGAAGAUUUCAAAUGGGUGCCAUCACAGAUUUCAUGAGAUUUUUCCGGAAUACAAUUUUCUUUCAAUUUUUAAGGCUACAGAUCACGGAUCCAGUCCGAAGCUAUUCUCCACUAGUAAUGAAGUCUAUUGAUCCUCUUCUCUACCGAUAAUUAAGUUCAGUAAGCACCGAAUUUUGCCAUUAAAUUUUGGGAUGACACUUUCGUAACUUUUUGGACGACUUUUUUUUCGAAAUGUCAUUUUCCUGGGAUUUUGAAGGCUACAAGUCACGGAAUCGGCCUGAGGCUAUUCUUCAACGAUGAUUAAGUCCAUUAAGAACUGAGUUUGGGCGGAUUUCUUCUGGGUCCAUUUUCGGCUGAUUCCAAAGGGGUACAAUCACAAAUUUCGGGAGAUUUUCCGAAAUUGCAUUUUUUCGAUUUAGGAGGCUACAGAACACAGAUUCAGCCCGAGACUAUUCUCCACUAAUAAUGAAGUCUAUUGAUCCUAUUCUUACCGAUGAUGAAGUCCAUUAAGCAACAAAUUUGGCCAAUUAAUUUUGGGAUGCCAUUUUCUCGAUAUUUUAAGAGAUAUUUUUUUGUAAGGUCAUUUUCCUAGGAUUUUGAAGGCUACAGAUCACGGAUUCGGCCUGAGGUUAUUCUUCAACAAUGAUAAAUUCAAUUAAGCACCUAUUUGGGCGGAUUUCUUCCAGGUUCAUUUUGACCAGAUUCCAAAGGGGUAUCGUCAUAGAUUUCGAGCGAUUUUUCGAAAUGCCAUUUUCUUUCCAUUUUGGAGGCUACAGAACACGAAUUCAGCCCGAGGCUAUUUUCCACGGAUGAUAAGUCCAUUAACCACCGAUUUGGGCCAAUUUAUUUUCGGAUGACAUUUUUGUAAUUUAUGGGGCGAAGAAAGGCCAUUUUCCUUGGAUUUUGAAGGCUACGGGUCAUGGAUUCGGCCUGAGGCUAUUUUUCAACGAUGAUUAAGUCCAUUAAGCACUGAUUUGGGUGGAUUUAUUCCGGGUAAAUUUUUGGCAGAUUUCAAAGAGGUACCAUCACAGAUUUCGGGUGAUUUUUCCGAAAUGCCAUUUUCUUUCGAUUUUGGAGGCUACAGAUCACGGAAUCAGGCCGAGGCUAUUCUCCACCGAUAAUGAAGUCUAUUGAUCCUAUUCUCCACGGAUGAUAAGUCUAUUAAGCACCGAUUUGGGCCAAUUUAUUUUCGGAUAGCAUUUUCGUAAUUUAUGGGGCGACAAAAUGCCAUUUUCUUUCGAUUCUGGAGGCUACAGAUCAAGAAAUCAAGAAGAGACUAUUCUCCACCAAAAAUGAAGUCUAUUGAUCCUGUUCUCCACGGAUGAUAAGUCCAUUAAGCGCCGAUUUGGGCCAAUUUAUUUUCUGAUGGCAUUUUCGUAAUUUAUGGUGCGACAAAAGGCCAUUUUCUUUGGAUUUUGAAGGCUACGGGUCACAGAUUCGGCGUGAGGCUAUUUUUCAAUGAUGAUUAAGUCCAUUAAGCACCGAUUUGGGCGGAUUUAUUCCGGGUCAUUCUUUGGCAGAUUCCAAAGGGGUUCCAUCACAAAUUUCGAGCGAUUUUUCCGAAAUGCCAUUUUAUUUCGAUUCUGGAGGCUACAGAUCACGAGAUCAGACCGAGGCUAUUCUCCACCAAAAAUGAAGUCUAUUGAUCCUAUUCUCCAUGGAUGAUAAGUCCACUAAGCAAAGAUUUGGGCCAAUUUAAUUUCGGAUGGCAUUUUCGUAAUUUAUGGUGCGGCGAAAGGCCAUUUUCUUUUGAUUUUGAAGGCUACGGAUCACGGAUUCUACCUGAAGCUAUUCUUCAACGAUGAUUAAGUCCAUUAAGCACCGAUUUGGGCGGAAUUAUUGCAAGUCAAUUUUUGGCAGAUUCCAAAUGGGUAGCAUCACAAAUAUCGGGCGAUUUUUCCGAAAUAGCAUUUUUUCUAUUCUGGACGCUACAUAUCACGAAAUCAGGCCGAAGCUAUUCUCCACUGAAAAUGAAGUCUAUUGAUCCUAUUCUCCACGGAUGAUAAGUCCAUUAAGCACCGAUUUGGGUCAAUUUAUUUUUGAAUGGCAUUUUCGUAAUUUAUGGGCCGACGAAAUGCCAUUUUCUUUGGAUUUUGAAGGCUACGGGUCACUAGUUAGGCCUGAAGUUAUUCUUCAACAAUGAUUAAGUUCAUUAAGCUCCGAAUUGGGCGGAUAUAUUCCGGGUCAAUUUUUGGAAGAUUUCAAAGAGGUACCAUCAUAGAUUUCGAGCGAUUUUUCCGAAAUGCCAUUUUUUCGAUUUUGGAGGCUACAGAUCACGAAAUCAGGCCGAGGCUUUUCUCCACAAAAAAAUGAAGACUAUGGAUCCUAUUCUCCAUGGAUGAUAAGUCCAUUAAGCACCGAUUUGGGCCAAUUUAUUUUCGUAUGACAUUUUCGUAAUUUAUGGGGCGACGAAAUGCCAUGUUCUUUGAAUUUUGAAGGCUACGGGUCACUGCUUCACCCGGAGGCUAUUUUUCAACGAUAAUUAUGUCCAUUAAGCAACGAUUUUUGCGGAUUUAUGCCAGGUCAAUUUUGUGCAGAUUCCAAAGGGGUACCAUUGCAGAUUUCGAGCGAUUUUUCCGAAAUGUCAUUUUCUUUCGAUUCCGGAAGCUACAUAUCACGGAAUCCUAUUCUCCACGGAUGAUAAGUCCAUUAAGCACCGAUUUGGGCAAAUUUAUUUUCGGAUGAAAUUUUUCGUAAUUUAUGGGACGACGAAAGGUCAUUUUCUUUGGAUUUUGAAGACUACCGGUCACGGAUACGGCCUGAGGCUAUUCUUCAAUGAUGAUUAAGUUCAUUAAACACCGAUUUGGUCGGAUUAAUUCCGGGUUAAUUUUUGGCAGACUCCAAAGGGGUACCAUAACAGAUUUUGUGCGAUUUUUCCGAAAUGCCAUUUUCUUUCGAUUCUGGAGGCUACAGAUCUCGGAAUCAGGCCGAGGCUAUUCUCCACUGAUAACGAAGUCUAUUGAUCUUAUUCUCCACGAAUGAUAAGUCCAUUAAGCACCAAUUUGGGCCAACUUAUUUUCGGAUGGCAUUUUCGUAAUUUGUGGGGCGACGAAAGGCCACUUUCUUUGGAUUUUUGAAUGCUACGCGUCACGGGUUCGGACCGUGGCUAUUCUUAAACGAUGAUUAAGUCCAUUAAGCAUCGAUUUGGGCGGAUUUAUUCCUGGUCAAUUUUUGGCAGAUUCCAAAGGGGUACCAUCACGGAUUUCGAGCUUUUUCCGAGAUGCCAUUUUCUUUCGAUUGUGGAGGCUACAGAUCACGGAAUCAUACUGAGGCUAUUCUCCAACGAUAUUGAAGUCUAUUGAUCAUAUUCUCCACGGAUAAUAAGUCCAUUAAUAACUGAUUUGGGCCAAUUUAUUUUCGGAUGACAUUUUCGUAAUUUAUGGUGCGACAAAAGGACAUUUUCUUUGGAUUUUGAAGGGUAUGGGUUACAGAUUCUACCUGGGGCUAUUCUUCAACGAUGAUUAAGUCUAUUAAACACCGAUUUGGGCGGAUUUAUUCCCAGUCAAUUUUUGGCAGAUUCCAAAGGGAUACCAUCAAUGAUUUGGGCUAUUUUUCCAAAUGCCAUUUUCUUUCGAUUCCGUAGGCUACAAAUCACGGAAUCAGGCCGAGGCUAUUAUCCGCCGAUAAUGAAGUCUAUUGAUCUUAUUCUCCACGGAUGAUAAGUCUAUUAAGCACCGAUUUGGGCCAAUUUAUUUUUCUGAUGGCAAUUUCGUAAUUUAUGGGGCGACGAAAGGCAAUUUUCAUUGGAUUUUGAGUGCUAUGUGUCACGGAUUUGGCCUGAGGCUAUUUUUCAAUGAUGAUUAAGUCCAUUAAGCACCGAUUUAGGCGAAUUUAUUUUGGGUCAAUUUUUGACAGAUUCCAAAGGGGUACCACCAUAAAUUCGAGCGAUUUUUCAUAAAUGCCAUUUUCAUUCGAUUCUGGAGGCUACAGAUCACGAAAUCAGGCCGAGGAUAUUCUCCACCGAUAAUGAAGUCUAUUGAUCCUAUUAUCCGCUGAUGAUAAGUCCAUUAAGCACCGAUUUGGGCCAAUUUAUUUUCGGUUGGAAUUUUCGUAAUUUAUGGGACGACGAAAGGUCAUUUUCUUUGGUUUUGAAGACUACUAGUCACAGAUUCGGCCUGAGGCCAUUCUUCAACGAUGAUUAAGUUCAUUAAACACCAAUUUGGUCGGAUUAAUUCCAGGUCAAUUUUUGGCAGACUCCAAAGUGGUACCAUAACAGAUUCGUGCGAUUUUUCAGAAAUUCCAUUUUCUUUCGAUUCUGGAGGCUACAAAUCACGGAAUCGGGCCGAGGCUUUUCUCCACCGAUAAUGAAUUCUAUUGAUCCUGUUCUCCAUGGAUGAUAAGAAAAUUAAGCACCGAUUGGGGCCAAUUUAUUUCCGGAUGGCAUUUUCAUAAUUUAUGGGCGACGAAAGGCCAUUUUCUUUGGAUUUUGAAGGCUACGGGUCACGAAUUCGGCCUGAGGCUAUUGUUCAACGAUGAUUAAGUACAUUAAGCAUUGAUUUGGAAGGAUUUAUUCUGGGUCAAUUUUUGGCAGAUUGCAAAGGGGUACCAUCACAGAUUUCGGGCGAUUUUUCCGAAAUGCCAUUUUCUUUCGAUUAUGUUGGCUACAGAUCACGGAAUCAUACUGAGGCUAUUCUCCACCGUUAUUGAAGUCUAUUGAUCAUAUUCUCCACGGAUGAAAAGUCCAUUAAGCACCGAUUUGGGCCAAUUUAUUUUCGGAUGGCAUUUUCGUAAUCUAUGGUGCGGCAAAAGGACAUUUUCUUUGGAUUUUGAAGGCUACGGGUUACAGAUUCUACCCCGGGCUAUUCUGCAACGAUGAUUAAGUCUAUUAAGCACCGAUUUGGGCGGAUUUAUUCCCAGUCAAUUUUUGGCAGAUUCUAAAGGGGUACCAUUACAGAUUUCGGUCGAUUUUUCCGAAAUGCCAUUUUCUUUCGAUUUCGGAGGCUACAGAUCACGGAAUCAAGCCAAGGCUAUUAUCCACCGAUAAUGAAGUCUAUUGAUCCUA